AUGAGCUCACCAUGCCCGAGGCUCGUCCGUUGUCGAGUGAGAGACUUGGCUUCUUGUUUCUACGCGUGUCGAUUACCUUUAGAGGAGGAACCCGAGGCUCGAUUUUCGUCGCGGGGAAGAGAAGCUGCGAAUGGUUCGGGUGGGGCCCGCAGGGUUUUGCCCGCCGUCAAUAAUAAAGAUGGUUGCCCGACGGGCGGUUGUGAUUUCCACCGAGGCAUGAGUAGAAACGAGCCUGAGCCGAGAUUCGCGGAGGAAGACUACAUUGUCUUCUGCUUCAGGGAGGAUGGUGAAAUCGACAUGAUAAACGAGGGCAAUUACCAAAAAUAUAACUAUGAGGAUGAGAUUGAUGAUGAUGAUGAUCAUGAGCAUAAGGGGAUCGAAAUGCAACCCAAUUGUGACAAAGUAAAGGAGACAGAUUCUAUUGAGCAGUCAAAUAGUGCAAGCAAAAUGGACUCUUUUGAAUCUUGUGACUCUAAUCUAUCAGAUACUACCAGCACAAGCUCUUUUGCCUUUCCAGUAUUGGGGCUCGAUUGGAUCGGCAGCCCUGUUCACAUGCCCGUGUCUGAAAAGCCCGAUUGUCCGAGUCUGAGCAUUCGCUGUUGUAGUUUUUAA